GGAGUGAAUGAUAAAAAUUUCAAUAAUAAGUAAUAAUUGUUACAUUUAUAACAGUUUUAUUGUUGGCAAUUUGAGUGUGAUGCGCAGAAUGGGGCGGUUUGUGUGUUUGUUCGUGUCAGUUUUAUGUGUGUCCGUGCUCUGUGUGGAAGGUCAGCGUUGUGAGGUGGCGCAGGUGUGCGUGACCGACUUGAGCGCAGACGCAUGCUUCGGCAACCAGGUACUGCAGCCCAACAGCAGUAUAUUCGGCUGCUGCCCCAGUUGCCAGCCGCCCUCGCCAGGCCAGCCCGGGCCCGAGGCGGAUACGUUGUGCAAGCCGCCAGCAGCCUGUCUGCCGGACGGACGCUAUGCACCGGUACAGUGCAAGGGCGAUUUAUUCAACGGAAGAUGUUUCUGCUCGGACCAAAACGGGACCAGAAUAUUUGGACAAAUGUGGAGGAUCGAUGCGAGUGAAAUGACUUGCGCUUGCAGCCGUCGUAGGAAGGAACUGGAGGAUUCGGGUAGGAGUGUGGUCAGCUUGCACUGUACACCAACCGGCGAUUACGAGCGGCUGCAAUGCGACGACGGCAUGUGCUGGUGCGCUGAACCAAAGACCGGCCAGCCAAUUGUACAACCCGUACCUGAAGAGGAUAUGAAACAUCUGCCUUGCUAUAGUACUGGUGUGAUCGGCGAACAGUAUCUUCGGAAGUGUGAAAGUAUUGUUCAAGCAUUAAAUAUGAUAUACAAAGAGCAAUCUGAGCAUGGUACAAAUUUCUUAGGAAAUCCUAUCACGUUCUGCGACUACGACGGUAGCUAUGGAGCUUAUCAGAUCAGAAAUGGCAUUGCAUAUUGUACUGACCGCCAAGGUGAGAUUCUUGGAUCAUGGCAGACGGUAUCAAGCGAAAUGACCGGAAUGAAUUGCAAUUGUGCCAGAGACACCAUUAUGUACUUCCCGGAGCGUGGCAUGACCGUGACAGAAGUGUGCCUGGCUAACGGCAACUAUCGAAGGAACCAGAACGUCGGAGAUGUGCACUACUGUGUCGAUAACGAUGGCUACCCCGAAGAGUGCUAACCGAAUGGCCCAUGGACUUAGAUUAGAUUACAUUAUUUAUCCUACCUAAAUUAAUACUAUACAAUAAUAAAUUUAUAAUUUCGUA